UGCCGGCCCCCGGCGGAGCUGCCGGAGCUUCGCGGGCGCCGGGAGCGGUUCAGAAGGCACUUGCCGUGAGCGUGGUGCUCGCCCCGGCACUGCCAGGCUGCUCUGCACCCUUUCGCCUCCCUGACGCUGUCAUUAGCUCAGGGGCUGCCUAGGUGGCAGACAGCACGCACCCUGCUAGUAACUGUAGGAUACGCGCAAAACCCCAGGGUAACACUCGCGAAAAAUAUAAAAUGAAAGGGGAAACUAGAAGAAGGUUAAGAGAUCAGUCAUUUCCUUGUUGAGGGACUGCAGCCCUCUGACUUUCAGCUGUGGGCUGUCAACUUAGGUCACAGCGACUGUCCCAGAGGUCAAGAAAGAACUGCUUAGCGCUCUGUUACUAGCUUCAACCCAAAGAUCUUCAGAACCUCUCCCUAACCUUAGUUGAACUGUUCUCCUACCCCGAUUUUCUGGCAAAGACUAAGAUUGUGGCUUUGCCUAUGUUGGUGUUUUUCAACUUCUGGUCUGCGAACUGUGGUAAUAUUUUGAACUCCUUAGAAGGGAUCAGUGAAAGUAACCAGGAAAAGCCAGCCAGAAAAGCCUUCUACCACUCUUUCAUCAAUCCCUGUUACUCAGGAUGUACCAUUCUUGAGUCUGGAGGAGGUAAUCCUUGAAAGUCAACCAGUUCUCCUGGAUCCUUGUCUUCAGGACCAUAUAGAGAUAUGGUUUUUCAGUGGAGGCUGUGGAUCUGUUCUUCCUUGGCUCCUGCUCUGUGACAUCAACUAUGGAACAUGCUCAAGAAUAUGAAGCAUGUCUUGAGCAAACCCAGAGGUAUAGUGUGGAGAGACCAAUAUAUAACCAAGAGCUCUUGCAAGAACAGCUGCACAGACGAGAGAGAACUCCUCAGACUUUAAGGCAGAAGAUUGCCCAUUCCUGUCGUUGUUCUUCUAAGAAAGCCAAGUCUCAUCUUUACAGUUUCUUACCAAUUUUGAAAUGGCUUCCCCGUUACCCAGUGAAGGAAUACUUACUAGGGGACAUUAUCUCAGGUAUAAGCACUGGGGUUAUGCAGCUUCCUCAAGGUUUGGCCUAUGCUUUGCUGGCAGCUGUUCCCCCAGUAUUUGGCCUAUAUUCUUCAUUUUAUCCUGUCUUUCUAUAUACUUUUUUUGGAACCUCCAAGCACAUAUCAAUAGGCACCUUUGCUGUGAUUAGUAUGAUGAUUGGUGGUGUUGCUGUGAGACAAGUGCCUGAUGAAAUGAUUUCCAUAGGCUAUAAUUCUACCAAUGUUACAGAUUCUCUUGAAUAUUACCAUGCCAGGGAUACCAAGAGGGUACAGGUAGCCGUGACUCUCGCCUUUCUUACAGGAAUCAUCCAGUUGUGUUUAGGUCUCCUUCGAUUUGGGUUUGUAGCCAUCUAUCUAACAGAGCCUCUGGUGCGAGGAUUUACCACUGCUGCUGCAGUUCAUGUCUUCACUUCUCAGUUAAAGUAUCUCCUUGGCAUUAAGACUAACAGAUACAGUGGACCCCUCUCGGUUGUAUACAGCAUAGCUGCUGUGCUUUCAAAAAUAACAACAACCAACAUUGCUGCGUUGAUUGUUGGGUCAACGUGUAUCGUUCUGCUCUUGAUUGGCAAGGAAAUCAACCUUCUCUUUAAGCAGAAGCUCCCUGUUCCCAUUCCUAUGGAGAUCAUUGUGGUAAUUAUUGGCACAGGAGUCUCAGCUGGAAUGAAUCUAAGUGAGUCAUACAGAGUGGAUGUUGUUGGGAAUAUUCCUCAAGGGUUACGUGCACCAGCAGUUCCUGAGAUUCAGCUCAUCCCAGCAAUAUUUGUGGAUGCAAUAGCAAUAGCAAUAGUUGGAUUUUCAAUGGCUGUGUCAAUGGCCAAGAUCUUUGCCCUUAAACAUGGUUACACCAUUGAUGGCAACCAGGAACUUAUUGCCUUGGGGAUAUGCAACUCCGUGGGGUCAUUUUUUCAAAGCUUUUCAAUCACUUGCUCAAUGUCUCGGAGCCUCGUUCAGGAAAGCACCGGUGGGAAAACUCAGAUUGCAGGUGCUCUCUCUUCAAUUAUGGUUCUGUUGGUAAUCGUGGCUAUUGGAUACCUCUUUGAACCGCUUCCACAGACAGUGCUAGCUGCAAUCGUCAUGGUGAACCUGAAAGGAAUGUUUAAGCAGUUUGGAGAUGUCACACACUUCUGGAGAACCAGUAAGAUUGAGCUGGCCAUCUGGGUGGUAGCUUUUGUGGCUUCUCUUUUCCUGGGACUAGACUAUGGUUUGCUUACUGCAGUAGCCUUUGCAAUGAUAACUGUUAUUUACAGAACACAAAGCCCUCAGUACAGAAUCCUUGGUCGGGUGCCUGACACUGACAUUUACUGUGACGUGGAAGAGUACAAGGAGGUUAAAGAGUAUCCUGGAAUAAAAAUAUUUCAAGCUAAUGCAUCCCUGUACUUUGCCAACAGUGAGUCAUAUAUGAGUGCACUGAAGAAAAAGACAGGAGUGGACCCUUGUGCCAUAUUAGCAGCAAGGAGGAAAGCUCGGAAGAGGCACGCCAAGGAAAUAAAGGCAGCAAACAAACUCAGAAAGAAAGCUGUGCUGAAACUAGUGAAUUCCUCGACAAACGACGUGGAAGCCAGUGUGAAACACGAGAUAGCAAAUGAUGAGUUACCUGUAAACGGCAAAUUUGCAGGCGCCGAUGCCGGUGCAGCAGAGCCACCUCCCGAUGAGCAGGAACGUUUCGUGGAGCCCAGACCAAACAUCCACGCUUUAAUUCUUGAUUUUGCCCCGGUGAACUUUGUGGAUUCAGUUGGAGCAAAAACAUUAAAAUCAAUUAUAAAAGAAUACAAAGAAGUCGGGGUGGGGGUCUGCAUUGCCAGCUGCAGCGGCCCUGUCAGGAGUGAGCUGACCAGACUGGAUUUCUUUGACACCGCUGUACCAAGAGCGUUGCUGUUCCCCAGCAUUCAUGACGCCGUCCUCGCUUGCCAAGGGAAGGGCGGCUCGGCCUCCCAGACUGACACUGACCUCUGAAGAGUGGUGCUGAGGGGAAUGGAAGGCACAUCAUCUUAUGCUGAUGGACUCUUUCUGAACAUGUAAUUUGCACAGUUUAACGAGAGCCUAAGGCUGUUGGUAUCUACGGGUAUAGGGUGGUGCUGAUUUUCUCUAGGAGGAGUGGAUAAGGAAUUGGAAGCCUUGGUGCUCUUCAGUUUUUAUUUUCAAUCAGGGUAUGGCCUUCAGCAACAUACAGGCACAAAAUUAUGCAAGACAAGGAAAUGCAGCGUUUUCUGCUACAAUCAGAAUCUGACAAACAAGGUGACAUUCCUGUUCCUGUUGAGGAAAUGGGCACUUUAACCCACUAUGAGGUGGGAUCUUGCAGGAAAGGACUGUUCUGCACUUGCAAUGCACUGUACCAGUGUUUUUACAGAACUCCCCUUUGCUGUCUGGUAAAGCCUCUGCAGACAACAGAGUGGUAUAGAUUGCCAUAAUCAAUCAUCUGGAUCAGUGGACUCACACUGGUGGCAUUUUGCUGGUACUCUUUUUAAACCUGGAUGGUACAGUUAUUUUUUAAAAUACCCAACCUGUCUGAACUCUUCAUUGCCUCAGCACUUCUCACACAAAGUGAACUCCCAGUUACAAACUCAUUUAGUCAUUACAUUAACCAUAAGGCACUUUCACUGCCCAGACCUCAUUAUGCUUUCUAGAAAAGAAUAGAAAUGAGUUUAGCUUCAAAGUUUGAAGACAAAACUGGUUUAAGGCAGGAGUGAAGCCUAUUAAAUUAAGAAGUGAUGUCCUGGAUGCAGUCUCUUAAGCAGGAAUCAAAAUAUAGACAAGGGAUAAAGUCUUAGUGGUCUUAAAAAAAGACAAGACUUUUCUGUUGCCUGAGACCUCUUCCCACCAGCAGUGCUGCUUCUGCCUCAGCUUUUCAGUGCUUUGAGAAAUAGAUUUCAAUAGAACUCCAAAGAGUUAAUUAUGUGUGUGGGUUUUUAAAAGAAACAGUAGCAUGAUGGGGGUUUGAUUUGUCUUCACACCCUGGCCCCUGCACUAUUGCUGAACUUCAGGUGUGAGAUGAGAAACAUGGAAAUGGAAUUUGAUUAGAAGAAAGAAAUCUUCAAGACCUGUGUUUCCCUAACAGCAGCUGCUCUGGAGCUGAGCACAGGGGGAACCUCCAACUGUUUCCCUACAGGUGCCAUCCUAUUGAGCACCCUCAAAUCAGAGGCCCUGUGCAUAAGGGAAUUCAAAUGACAUCCUCUCACUCUCUUAAAAUGCAGAACAUACUUUUGCUUCAAGCUCAGUUGCAGUUAGGGCUUGCUUCAGGUAAACUCAGUUUCCCAAGACAUAGGAGCAGCUGGGGAAGAGAUUUCCUCAGCCUCCUUGGCCAACAGGGAUAGGAAGCUUUCUGCAUCAGAAAUUACUGCUUAGCUGGAGUUCAAAGGAUGAAUUGAACAUGUCAACACACUGUGCAUGUUUGUUUAAACAACUUUUGGUAUGUUUUAUAAUGUUAACUAGUUUAACAAACCUUUGUACCACAUACAGUAUAUUUUUCUACUUUCAGCUUGCUGCAGCUUCAGUUUUUAACUAAGUAGUCUCUGCAGUUCACAGUAGAAUCCUUCUGAAAUAAAGUGAUGAUCA